AUGUGCAUCGAGUCUUACUCUGAUGCCGACUGGGCAACGCACAAAGGCAACCGCCGAUCUGUGAGUUCGAGCAUGGUUUUCGUUUCGGGUUGCUUGCUGUAUAGCAGUGCUAGGACCCAAAGGGUGAUUGCUCUAAGCAGUGGUGAAUCUGAACUGUUGUCAGCCACCUCGUCCUUGUGCGACGCUUUGUUCAUCAGGCAACUAGUUGCUUUCCUCGCCGACUGCGACCCUCCACAGGUGCAUCACUUCACAGAUGCCACUGCAGCUAAGUCCAUGAUGGAGCGCAGUGGAGUGGGCAGAGUGCGCCACCUUUCGGUGCGCGUACUGUGGACCCAGCAGCUUGUGGCCGACAAGGUCAUAACACUGCAUAAGGUUGACACCUGCAGAAACGUGGCAGACCUCAACACUAAGGCUUUGCCAAGGCACAGGAUGAUGAUGCUGCUCAACCUUCUCGGCGGUUGGGACACCCUGCGUGACGAGCCCAUAGGGUUGAACGACAUUACCGAGUUUGAGUACAAGCAGGCCAUGAAGCAGGCCGUUCGUGCCGUUCGAACAACGACUCCAAGUCCGGUGAACAAACAAGUUCUGCAGGGCAUCGUGCUCGCCGUUGCAAGCGCCUUGGGCAGGGCCACGGACAUCCCAGAUGGAGACGGCGACUCGAGUGGUCACGACAUCGAGCUCCCCCAGUGGGCUAACCGAAUCCUUGUCUGGGUGUUGGGCCUGUGGGUACGUGAUGACUCAGGUGUGUCGAUCAUUGACAUGCUUGCCCCACAUGCUGCAACCAUCCUUUGCAUAUGCAUUUUGAUUCUGUUUGUGGCAAUGUGCUUUCGCGUUUGGUGUGCAAGGUCCCCUUCCAGGCAGGUGCAAGUACAGGUGUCAGACCAGCGGCAGCAUGGUGCCGUUUCUGUGAAGUUUGACCAGAACCUCAAUGUGCACGUUGGUGUUGCAGCGCCUGGAACGCCAGCCAAUCCUUUGGCUGUGGACUCCGAUGACAAUGCCGUGAGCCCGCCACAUGUGCUGCAUGCGAUCCGCAAAGGUGCUAGGUCGAAGGCAUCUGCAAGGCCAGGUCCGCGGUGCGAUGAGCCAGCGUCUUCCAGCGACGCCCCCGCGAGAUUUGUGCCGCCUCCUCCAGAACCUUUUGUUCGAGCGCCAAGUGCAGCGCCGCCUACGCCAGAGGGUUCAGUUGGAUCGAUGCAGUGUGGGUCAGCACUUAUGGCCGGUGCUACCAUCGACUACGAUGCUUCAAGCUUGAUGGGUGUGAUCGCAUCAAGCGAGUUCCUCUUGCAGACGCCGUUGCGCGAGGCUAUAG